AUGCUUAAUCAAAGAAACAAUUCAACAAAUACGCGAUCAAAUUUUCUGUGUCUUCCAUCUAUAUUAACAAUUGUAUUGUUCUUUCUAAAAAGUGCAUCAUGCAACAAACGUUUGAAUUCGAAUAGUCAAGAAAUACUCGAUUUGCAUACAAAAUACAGACAGGAUUUGAUUGAUUGUAAAGUUGAUGGACAACCUCCAGCUAAAUAUAUGUCACCAUUGAAAUGGAAUUACAAUCUGGCUGCACAAGCACAAAAAUUGGCGAACAAAUGCAUCUUGCAACACGACAAACGUCAUUCGGAUGAAUUCUCUUGGGUUGGACAAAAUAUUGCUCUCUGUCCAACCAUUAAGUCUGGUAAUUGGAAUAAUGAGAAACCAUAUGAAGUGAAAUCACGUGAAUUGUGCCCAAAAAUGCAGAAUAUUCCUAAAGAUAGUUUUCAAAGGACGCGUGAUGAUACACUGCGUGCACCAUUAUCAAUAGUGAAUGUCAACCACAAGUUGUCAUCGAUCGGUUCAAGUGAAAGUUUAGUUAACGAUCAACCCUCCACAGGUUUACAAAGAACGUUGGAUGAGAAAAGCCUUGAAAUACUCGAACUGCACAGAAAAUACAGACAGGAUUUGAUUGAUUGUAAAGUUGAUGGACAACCUCCAGCUAAAUAUAUGUCACCAUUGAAAUGGAAUUACAAUCUGGCUGCACAAGCACAAAAAUUGGCGAACAAAUGCAUCUUGCAACACGACAAACGUCAUUCGAAUGAAUUCUCUUGGGUUGGACAAAAUAUUGCUCUCUGUCCAACCAUUAAGUCUGGUAAUUGGAAUAAUGAGAAACCAUAUGAAGUGAAAUCACGUGAAUUGUGCCCAAAAAUGCAGAAUAUUCCUAAAGAUAGUUUUCAAAGGACGCGUGAUGAUACACUGCGUGCACCAUUAUCAAUAGUGAAUGUCAACCACAAGUUGUCAUCGAUCGGUUCAAGUGAAGGUUUAGUUAACGAUCAACCCUCCACAGGUUUACAAAGAACGUUGGAUGAGAAAAGCCUUGAAAUACUCGAACUGCACAGAAAAUACAGACAGGAUUUGAUUGAUUGUAAAGUUGAUGGACAACCUCCAGCUAAAUAUAUGUCACCAUUGAAAUGGAAUUACAAUCUGGCUGCACAAGCACAAAAAUUGGCGAACAAAUGCAUCUUGCAACACGACAAACGUCAUUCGAAUGAAUUCUCUUGGGUUGGACAAAAUAUUGCUCUCUGUCCAACCAUUAAGUCUGGUAAUUGGAAUAAUGAGAAACCAUAUGAAGUGAAAUCACGUGAAUUGUGCCCAAAAAUGCAGAAUAUUCCUAAAGAUAGUUUUCAAAGGACGCGUGAUGAUACACUGCGUGCACCAUUAUCAAUAGUGAAUGUCAACCACAAGUUGUCAUCGAUCGGUUCAAGUGAAGGUUUAGUUAACGAUCAACCCUCCACAGGUUUACAAAGAACGUUGGAUGAGAAAAGCCUUGAAAUACUCGAACUGCACAGAAAAUACAGACAGGAUUUGAUUGAUUGUAAAGUUGAUGGACAACCUCCAGCUAAAUAUAUGUCACCAUUGAAAUGGAAUUACAAUCUGGCUGCACAAGCACAAAAAUUGGCGAACAAAUGCAUCUUGCAACACGACAAACGUCAUUCGAAUGAAUUCUCUUGGGUUGGACAAAAUAUUGCUCUCUGUCCAACCAUUAAGUCUGGUAAUUGGAAUAAUGAGAAACCAUAUGAAGUGAAAUCACGUGAAUUGUGCCCAAAAAUGCAGAAUAUUCCUAAAGAUAGUUUUCAAAGGACGCGUGAUGAUACACUGCGUGCACCAUUAUCAAUAGUGAAUGUCAACCACAAGUUGUCAUCGAUCGGUUCAAGUGAAGGUUUAGUUAACGAUCAACCCUCCACAGGUUUACAAAGAACGUUGGAUGAGAAAAGCCUUGAAAUACUCGAACUGCACAGAAAAUACAGACAGGAUUUGAUUGAUUGUAAAGUUGAUGGACAACCUCCAGCUAAAUAUAUGUCACCAUUGAAAUGGAAUUACAAUCUGGCUGCACAAGCACAAAAAUUGGCGAACAAAUGCAUCUUGCAACACGACAAACGUCAUUCGAAUGAAUUCUCUUGGGUUGGACAAAAUAUUGCUCUCUGUCCAACCAUUAAGUCUGGUAAUUGGAAUAAUGAGAAACCAUAUGAAGUGAAAUCACGUGAAUUGUGCCCAAAAAUGCAGAAUAUUCCUAAAGAUAGUUUUCAAAGGACGCGUGAUGAUACACUGCGUGCACCAUUAUCAAUAGUGAAUGUCAACCACAAGUUGUCAUCGAUCGGUUCAAGUGAAGGUUUAGUUAACGAUCAACCCUCCACAGGUUUACAAAGAACGUUGGAUGAGAAAAGCCUUGAAAUACUCGAACUGCACAGAAAAUACAGACAGGAUUUGAUUGAUUGUAAAGUUGAUGGACAACCUCCAGCUAAAUAUAUGUCACCAUUGAAAUGGAAUUACAAUCUGGCUGCACAAGCACAAAAAUUGGCGAACAAAUGCAUCUUGCAACACGACAAACGUCAUUCGAAUGAAUUCUCUUGGGUUGGACAAAAUAUUGCUCUCUGUCCAACCAUUAAGUCUGGUAAUUGGAAUAAUGAGAAACCAUAUGAAGUGAAAUCACGUGAAUUGUGCCCAAAAAUGCAGAAUAUUCCUAAAGAUAGUUUUCAAAGGACGCGUGAUGAUACACUGCGUGCACCAUUAUCAAUAGUGAAUGUCAACCACAAGUUGUCAUCGAUCGGUUCAAGUGAAGGUUUAGUUAACGAUCAACCCUCCACAGGUUUACAAAGAACGUUGGAUGAGAAAAGCCUUGAAAUACUCGAACUGCACAGAAAAUACAGACAGGAUUUGAUUGAUUGUAAAGUUGAUGGACAACCUCCAGCUAAAUAUAUGUCACCAUUGAAAUGGAAUUACAAUCUGGCUGCACAAGCACAAAAAUUGGCGAACAAAUGCAUCUUGCAACACGACAAACGUCAUUCGAAUGAAUUCUCUUGGGUUGGACAAAAUAUUGCUCUCUGUCCAACCAUUAAGUCUGGUAAUUGGAAUAAUGAGAAACCAUAUGAAGUGAAAUCACGUGAAUUGUGCCCAAAAAUGCAGAAUAUUCCUAAAGAUAGUUUUCAAAGGACGCGUGAUGAUACACUGCGUGCACCAUUAUCAAUAGUGAAUGUCAACCACAAGUUGUCAUCGAUCGGUUCAAGUGAAGGUUUAGUUAACGAUCAACCCUCCACAGGUUUACAAAGAACGUUGGAUGAGAAAAGCCUUGAAAUACUCGAACUGCACAGAAAAUACAGACAGGAUUUGAUUGAUUGUAAAGUUGAUGGACAACCUCCAGCUAAAUAUAUGUCACCAUUGAAAUGGAAUUACAAUCUGGCUGCACAAGCACAAAAAUUGGCGAACAAAUGCAUCUUGCAACACGACAAACGUCAUUCGAAUGAAUUCUCUUGGGUUGGACAAAAUAUUGCUCUCUGUCCAACCAUUAAGUCUGGUAAUUGGAAUAAUGAGAAACCAUAUGAAGUGAAAUCACGUGAAUUGUGCCCAAAAAUGCAGAAUAUUCCUAAAGAUAGUUUUCAAAGGACGCGUGAUGAUACACUGCGUGCACCAUUAUCAAUAGUGAAUGUCAACCACAAGUUGUCAUCGAUCCGUUCAAGUGGAAGUAGGGUUCACGACCAACGCAAACACGAUCAACCGAUUUCUAUUAAUGCUUUUCAAUAUAGUCGUAGUAAUACACAGCGUAAAUGGAGAUCCGGAAAUAAAGCUUUACAAAAGUUGUAA